UGCUACCUGGAAUCGAGGAUAGGCACACAGCUGACCUUUGAUUCCACAUGGCAAAGCUGAUUAGAUACCGAUAUUCUACUGGAUCUAUUUCUAGACUGAUAAACAACGUGAGAGAUACCGGAGAAGGUAUAACAGGUCAUUCAGAAGUUCUUCAAUGUCAGGAACAAGUUCAGGAUUGCAAAAAUGCUCUGAAAAAGUGGAGAAAAAAACUAGCAGCAGCCAAUAUUGAAUAUGAGGAAGUUCAACAACAAUUGAAAGGAUUGUAUGUUAGGAAAACACAUGUAUAUCAAGAUCAGAAAAGAGACUUAUCAGUUUUGCAGGCUAUCAAUAAUGAAGAAGAGUCUCUGUUGUUUAGCGAGCAGAAAGUUGCUACUUCUGUGGAAAACUGCAAACAAAAUGAAAGAGACAGCUUCGAAUCACUGAGUGAUGCAAUCCAGGAGUCCCACGAGAAGGAAAGAGCUCAGUCUGAGCGGAUGAAAUACUACACUAGGAUUGGAUCAUUGUUGGGAGCAUUUUUCGGAUUUCUUGGAUCAAACUUUUUCAUCAAGAGGCAAAUAACACAGCAUAAUCUUGAGCAAUCGAAACGACUUCUGCAGAUUGAAGAAACCCUAAAACACGUAGCACACGAUCCUUUACUUGUGAAAACAGUGGAGACCAUUCAGCAACACCUAAACUCCAUUGAUCAAUCUGUUGGCAGCAUGUCUGAUAAAGUGGAUGGUUUCAGCACAUCCACCAAACUCUUGGAGAGCACUGAAGGACACGAUAGGGGAAAGAAAUUUUCCUCAGGAACACUUGAAAAACCCCAAAAUUCAGAUGUUGUAGCUUUAGGCAGUGUAAUAUCCUAUUCAUUUCUGUUGACGUUGUUAGCCUUGAUGUAAGUGUUGAUGUAGAUACCACGA